ACAGGAGUUGUCGUAGAAACACUACGAACUAUAUGAAGUUUUUAAUUUAAAUUUUAAUAUUUUAUGCUCUAUCAGUAUUAUAAAUUAUAAUAUUUACUAUUUGGUUGUAAUUGUAUAAAUACGACUUACCGUUAACCGUUAGGUAGUAAAAAUGAUAGUUUCAUUUACAAAGUAGAAUGUAUAAAAAAUAAUCAAAAACAAAUUAAGGAAGCUUCAAAGUUAAUGCAUAUCAUAACAUAUUCAUAAAUCUUAACUGUAGCUAUGGUGUUUAUGUAUAGAAGCAUAAACGGCAAUAAGUCCAAAAUAUGUGCUUUGCCAAUGCCUUUAUUAAUGGGCUUUGUUAUUGGCAUUAUGUCAGUUUAUACUUAUUAUUUGGUAUUGAAUUAUGAAGACAACACAAAGUUAACGCCAGUUCCAGUUAAAAAUUUUAACAAUGAAAUAAAGAUGAACUAUAAUCACCAUCUAGUGGAUUUAACAAAACCAACUAUAAAUCAUAAUACAUCUAUUUUGUGUCUUAUAUUUAUUAAUAAUAUAGACUCAUUACUUAUGCAACACAAUGUUUGGCUCGAUAAAUGUGGUGACAACAAAAUAUAUGUGAGUAAACAAAAGCACAAGUAUAUUGGACAAGUUGUAACUGAUACGUAUUCAUCACAACCAUGGAAAUAUUACUGUCAGACUAUAAUGUACUUACAUAACCAAUAUAAUUCACAUAAUAUUAAAUAUGAUUGGAUAUUUUUGGCCAAAGAUAAUGUUUGGUUAAUUUAUGAAAACUUAUUACAUUUAAUAUCAUUAUUGAAUGUCAAUAAACACAAACAUAAUUAUUAUGCUGGACAAUACACUAACGGUAUAUUAAAUAUUAAUGCAGGAGUACUGUUUAAUACAAAUACAUUAACAGCGUUAGUGCAUUUAAUCAGUAAUGUGGAUGGUUGUAAUUCGGAAGUAUCCAACAAUGAAAGUCAAAUGUUAGAUUAUUAUUUAAGAAAACUGAAUAAUAUUAUACCAAUAAGUAACAUGGAUUCAUAUGGCUGUACCUUGUUUCAUUCAAUAAAUAUUUUCAAUGCUUUUAAUGUAAAAAGCUUGAGACCUGAAAUACUUAAUAAAUGUAUGAGUAGAUUUGCUAUUACAUUUCAACUAGAUUUAUCUUCAAAUUACUAUGCAAUGUUUUACAAGUAUGUCUUAUACAAAAUAAGAUUAGUAACCAAACAAGAUCUAAUGUCUAACUCUAAUAAAAUUAUAUCAGAACCAUCUCCUGAAGACAUAAAUAUUUGGAGGAGAGAAGCACUUUAUGAAUUGAAUCUCGAUCCUAGUAAUACAUCACAAACAGAUUUUUUUUACUACUGGUCAAAAAAGCGUCAAAUUAUUUUAUAAUUGUUCAUUUUUUAUUAUUUAAAUUUAGGUACAUUGGUUGUGGUUUCAGUGGUAUGGUAAAGUUCUAAUUUAUCACAAACAAGUAUUUUUAUCUAAUUUUUACCAAUAAAUAUUCUCACUCAAUUUAUAUUAAUAAUUUUGCUUUAAAUAGAAUUUUGUUUAUCAUACUGUUUCAGUGGCACCGAUGCAUCAACAACUUUAUGUUGCCAACUAGACCUAAUUAAUUUAACCACUCACCACUUACUACACUAUAAAUGUACAUCAUAAUCAGAUGUGUACAAAAUAUGAUAUAUAUUUUUUUGUGUGAUAUUUAAAACAUUUAUUCUAAUCUGUCUACUUUAAAAACCCACCCACCCAAAUAUAUUGUGGUCAGAACAGAUAGAUAUAGGGAUCGGUGCCACUGUACUGUUUUAUGAAAUAUCAUUAUUACCCAUUUAAUAUUAUCUUCUUUGCCGUACCAUUGUAAUAUUCUUUUAAAAACAGGGUAAUUUAAAUAAGUGUUUAUAAUUUGUUUUUUUAAGUUAAGUAUUUUGUAAUAAUUAAGUAUAAAAUUGUAAUAACGUUUUAUGCUUAUAAGUAACUUCUAGUCUGUAAAUUCUAGUGAAAUUUUUAUUUUUUUAUUUUUUAUUUUUAUUUAUUCUUCAAGAAGAUAAUGAGUCCUACUGAACAUGUUCAAAUUAUGCAACUAUUUGUAUAAAUAAGAUCUAUUUUUAUUUUUUCUAAAGUUUGUAGGCAGAAACAGUUGAUCUUUUAAUAAACUGUAUUUUAAAUGUAAGAUAUUGAAACCUUUAUAA